CUGACACCCAGGAGGGAGCUGGGGGAAGCAGCAGGAGCUGGUGUCGGCACUGGGAGACACAGUGAAGAGGCGACGGAGUGAGGCUGAUGAUCCCCCCUAAUGCCCCAGCCAGCUGUCUGCCGUGACUCUAGGAAGGUGAAAAUGGAGGGGUUUGGGGGAGCCCCCAGGUUCCUGGCCUAUCCACGUGCUUUCACGGUGCAAAGUGGUGCCGACGCAGUCCUGAGCUGCCAGAUCACAGGAGAUCCCCGUCCAAGCAUCCUCUGGGAGAAAGACAAGACCCCAAUCGAACCAGUGGGCCGCUUCCACAUGGAGGCCAAGGGAGACCUAUACAGCCUGCUGGUGUCCCACACUACCCCUCAAGACAGUGGGGUCUACAUUUGCAAGGCCAAGAACAGUGUUGGUGAGACUUACGCUGCUGCCACACUCAAGGUGGAAGCAAGGGAACCCUGGGUAGAGGGAUGCUCAGGUGAUGAGGCACCUGCCUUCCUUGUUGCACCCUCAUCCAUGAGAGUGUGCAGGGGGGAGGAUGUGAUGUUUGCCUGCAGAGUGUCUGGGCAGCCCUGCUCAGUGCUGGAGUGGGAGAAGGAUGGCCACAAGCUCUCUGACCUCUUUGAGAGCAGUCACUUUGUGGUGGGGCAGGAGCCAGAGGACUGGCACUUCCUGAAGCUGUUUGGCGCCCGGCCCCCAGACGCAGGGGUGUAUGUGUGCCGGGCACGCAGAGGGUCCCAGGAGGCAUUGGCUGCUGCUGUGCUCCUAGUUGAACCCCGGGCACCACUGGAUGGGCUCCCCAGUGGCUCUCCUGCUGAUGGCCCCAAGCUGCUGGCAGAGGGGCAGCAGCGGCGGCAUGCGAUGGGAUGGCAUGUGGGACCUGAGACCCAUGUGCCCAAUGGCAUGGUGCUGGCCAGGGCACGAGGGGCAAAGUCAUUCACUGUGAGUGUGGGGAAGCACGCCAAGUUUCGCUGCUAUGUCACUGGCAAGCCCAAACCAGAGAUCAUCUGGCAGAAGGACGGCAAGCCCCUUGCCACCAGCCGCAGGCACCUCAUCUACGAGGACCGGGAGGGUUACUUCAUCCUGAAAGUGCUGUACUGCAAACCCCAGGAUGAGGGGCUGUACAUCUGCACAGCAUCCAACACUGCUGGCCAGACCCUCAGCGCUGUUCAGCUCCAGGUGAAAGAGCACCGGCUGCGGUUCCAGGUACAGCUGGCAGAUGUGGAGGUGGCAGAGCGGGAGGACGCUGUACUGGAGUGCCAGGUGCCACUGGAGACCAUCUCCACCUCCUGGUACCUGGAGGACAGGGAGCUGCAGCCCAGCCACAAGUACGUGAUGGAGGAGCAAGGUGUGCUGCGGCGGCUGACUAUCCGUGAUGCCCGCACCGAUGAUGAUGGCAUUUACCUCUGCCAGAUGAAGGACAAGGGAUGCAGCAUUGCCGAGGUCUCCGUUCGAGGGGUGAUCACAAAGCGGCUGCCAAGGAAGCUGGAUGUGAUGGAGGGAGAAAAUGCAGUUUUCUGUGUGGAAACGCGGGAGGCGGUGGAGGGGAUCUGCUGGAGCAGGGAUGGGCUGCAGCUGCGGGAGUCACCCUGCACCGUGCUGAAGAGCUUUGGCAGGACUCAUCUUCUGGUACUGGUGCACAUCACCCGCCAGGACGCAGGUAUCAUCUGCUUCACCAUCGGGGAGUCACAGACAUCAUCCCAGCUCCGGGUCAAAUGUGUGAAGCGUGACCCCCCAAGUGCCCCGGUGGCAGCUGAGAUGAGUGUGGCAGAGAGCAAUGCAGCCCUGCUGAGGUGGUGUCCGGCACCCGAUGCCCACCUCCGCCCCCCUAGCCGCUACCUGCUGGAGCGGAGGGAGGUGGCAGGGUGUGAGUGGGUGCAGUGCUUGGCCACUGACCUGCCCGGCUGUGUACGGGUGCUGGGUGACGGCGUGCCCUGCGAGGCUGACUACUGCUUCCGUGUCUAUGCUGCCAACGAGCACGGCAGGAGCAGUCCCGUUGAGUUCCCUGGCUCUGUGCAUCUCGCUCCAGCAGCUCGCCUGGAGAGGGGUCUGCAGGAUGCCCGGGUGCAGGAUGGUGAGGAUGCACAGUUCUCCCUGGAGCUGUCAGCCACAGUGCAGGGCACCUGGUUCCUCAAUGGCACUAGGUUGCGCAAGGAGGAGGAAGAGGUGGGUGGCCGGUGGAGCGUGCAGCGCUAUGGGAUGGAGCACUCACUGCUGAUCCGGGGAGCGCGACUGGCUGACAGUGGGGCCCAGGUCACAUUUGUGUCUGGCAACGUGAGGGAAUCAGCCACACUGCAUGUGCAAGCCCCACAGGUCCACAUCAUUCCAGUGCCCGAGGCUGAGCAGCUCCGGGAGGUGCAAGCGGGGAUGCCUGUGCUUCUGGAGUGCCAGGUGUCCCCUGCAGAUGCCCCCGUCAGCUGGCUGAAAGAUGGCCAGGCUGUGCCCCUGGAUGAUGUUACAGCAGUGCAGGCAGAGGGCUGCGUGCGGAGGCUGCUCUUCCGCUCAGCAGGUCCCUCAGACACUGGCACGUACACCUGUGAUGCCGGAGACGAUGCUGUGAGCUUUGUGGUGACCGUGACUGAGGCACCAGUGAGGAUUGUGGGCUCGAACGAGGAGGCCCCCCAUGCCUACGUGGCUGGGCAGCGUGUGGAGCUGUGGUGCCAGCUGUCCCGCCCAGUGGCCCCAGUGCGCUGGUACAAGGAUGGGGAGGAGGUGGAGGUGGACGAGAGCCUGGUGCUGGAACAGGAGGGGCCAUGGUGCCGCCUGGUGCUGCCCAGUGCCCGGCCACAGGAUGCAGGGGAGUUCGUCUGCGAUGCCGGCGGGGACUCUGUCUUCUACACCAUCACUGUGGCAGAGGCACCGAUCAGGAUUGUCAGCUCCAACAAGGAAGCUCCCCAUGCCUACAUGGCUGGGCAGCGUGUGGAGCUGUGGUGCCAGCUGUCCCGCCCGGCAGCCCCAGUGCACUGGUACAAGGACGGGGAGGAAGUGGAGUCGGGUGAGAGCCUGGUGCUGGAGCAGGAGGGGCCGUGUUGCCGGCUGGUGCUGCCCUGUGCCCAGCCACAGGAUGCAGGGGAGUUCGUCUGUGAUGCCGGCGGGGACUCUGUCUUCUACACCAUCACUGUGGCAGAUCCACAGGUCCACAUUUCCCCAGUGCCUGAGGCACAGCAGCUCCAGGAGGUGCUGGCAGGGCUGCCUGUUCUGCUGGAGUGCCAGGUGUCCCCUCCAGAUGCUCCUGUCCAAUGGCUGAAGGACGGCAAGGCUGUGGUCCCAACCGAGGUCCUGGCCACUCUCUCAGAGGGCUGCUCACGGAGGCUGCACAUAACCACAGCUGCACUGACUGACUCAGGGAUAUACACCUGUGAUGCUGGAGGUGAUGCCACCAGCUUUAGGGUUACCGUGAGAGAGGCACCAGUGAGGAUCAUCAGCUCCAACAAGGAGGCCCCCCAUGCCUACGUGGCUGGGCAGCGUGUGGAGCUGUGGUGCCAGCUGUCCCGCCCGGCAGCCCCAGUGCACUGGUACAAGGAUGGGGAGGAAGUGGAGUCGGGUGAGAGCCUGGUGCUGGAGCAGGAGGGGCCGUGUUGCCGGCUGGUGCUGCCCUGUGCCCAGCCACAGGAUGCGGGGGAGUUUGUCUGCAAUAUGGGAGCCACGUCUGUCUCCUACCACAUCUUGGUGGCAGAGCCACCGGUGAGGAUCCUACACCCUCCACAGCGCUCACAGGAGGUGCGGGUGCAGGCACCAGGGCAUGUGGAGCUGCGGUGUGAGCUCUCUGUGCCAGAUGCUCCGGUCUGCUGGUUCAAGGAUGGGCUGGAAGUGGAUGAGACAGACAACCUGCUGCUGCUGGCAGAGGGGGCCUGGCGCUCCCUCCUUAUCCCAAGGAGCAGUGCAGAGGAUACGGGCGAGUACAUCUGUGAGAGCAAGGAUGAGGCUGUCUCCUUUGACGUCAAGGUGUCAGAGCCACCAGUGAGGAUCCUGCAGCCCCUCAGGCCUCCCCCUGUAGUGACAGUGUCCCUGGGGGAGACAAUAACACUGAGCUGUGAGCUGUCCCGUGUGGAUGCACCCGUGCACUGGGCCAAGGAGGGCAUCAGGUUGGAGGCUGGAGGCAGCCUGGUCCUGGAGGAGGAAGGUGCCCACCGCCACCUGCUCAUUCCUGUGGCCCAACCUGAGCACUCUGGAAAAUACGUCUGUGAUGCUGCUGAUGAUGCAGUGACCUUUACCGUCCACGUGUUGAACCCUCUGGUCAGGAUCCUGGAGAAGGACGUCCUGCCGACCCGCCUGCACUGCAAGGCCAUGGAGGACCUGGUGCUGGAGGUGCAUCUAUCACAUGCCCAUGGGGAGGUAAAGUGGUACAAGGACGGGGAGAAGCUGCAGGACACAGGGCGUGUGAGGCUGGAGGAGAAUGGGACACGCCGCUCACUCGUUGUCCUGGGCGCCAUGGGCAGAGAUACGGGGGAGUACCUCUGCGACACUGGUGAUGACAGCAUUGUCUUCUUUGUCACUGUGGAAGUCCCAGAGCCACCGGUGACCAUUGUAGGCAGCACUGGCACUGUGGAGCAUCGCUACCUGGUGGCUGGGGAGGAUCUGGUGCUCUCCUGUGAGCUUUCCCAUCCCAGUGCCACUGUGUGCUGGCUGUGGGAGGGCCAGGAGGUGCAGCCAAGUGAACGGGUGCAAGUCAAGGCCUGCGGGGUGCUGCGGCAGCUCACUAUCCAUGGGGUGCAGCCUGGUGACUCUGGGUGUUACAUCUGUGAUGCUGUCAGUGACCGUGUGGUGACAAGCGUGGAGGUGUCAGCCCAGCCUGUGCACAUUGUCAACAAGGAGGAGGUGCAGAGCCCACUGGAGGUGCUGGAGGGGGAGAGUGUGACACUGGUGGCCCGGCUGUCCCUGGAGACAGCAGUGGCACAGUGGCAGAAGGAUGGACAGACACUGCACUCAGGCAGGCGGCUUCUGGUGUGCAGUGAGGGCCCUGCACGCAGCCUCACCAUCAAGCAAGUGGAGCUGGGUGACAGUGGCAUCUUCCUCUGUGAUGCUGGUGAUGAUGAAAUGCAUUUUAUGCUGCAUGUGAAAGAGGCGCCUGUGCUGUUUGUGAACAAGCAGGAAGAGCAGGAGAAGCUGCUGGUACUGGAGGGUGGCAGUGCUGUGCUCUCUGCUGUCACCUCUACAGAGCAAGCCGAUGUCACCUGGCUGGGCCCAGAGCAGGUGGUGGUGGCGGGCGAGCGCUGUGAGCUGCGGCGGGACGGCCGAGUGCACAGCCUCGUCCUCCACAAUGUGGCCAAGGAGGAUGCUGGUGUCUACACCUGCCUCUCCCCUCAUGACCAGAUGCAGUUUGAUGUGAGCGUCCGAGAGCUGCAGGUGAAGUUCCUGCGCGGGCUGUCGGAUGUCCGUGCGCGGCAGGGCGAGCGGGUGGUGCUGUGGUGUGAGCUCUGCAAGGCACGGGGUGAUGUGAUGUGGCGGAAGGAUGGGCAGGUGCUGGUGCCUGGCCCCCAUCGGCAGAUGAUGGCAGAGGGGCGAGAGCGCUCGCUGGUGCUGAGCCACGUGGGGCCCGAGGACGCUGGAGAGUACUGCUGCGAAUCCAACGAUGACCGGACCCUGGCAAUGCUGACAGUACAGGUCCCCAGAGUGGUGGAGAUCAUCAUGGAGUUGCAGAGCCUGACAGUGCUAGAGGGGGAAGAUGCCACCUUCAAGUGCCUGGUGUCCCCUGAGGAUGUGGCUGUGACCUGGCAGAUGAAUGGCCAGCUCGUGGUCCCCAGUGAGCGGCUGCUGGUGAUGAGGAGUGGGCUAUGCCACAGCCUCACCCUGCGGCAGUGCCAGCCAUGUGAUGCAGCCACCGUGACAGCAAAUGCUGAGGGGCUGGUGAGCAUGGCCAGGCUGAGUGUACAAGAGGCACAGGUGCUGUUUGUACAGAAGCUGCGGGACAUGGUGGCAGAGGAGAAGGGGGAUGUGUGCCUGGAAGUGGAGGUGAGCCACGAGGCUGCUGAGGUGCAGUGGCUGAAGCAGGGAGUCCUCCUCCAGCCCAGCAGUAAGUACCAGCUGCAGGAGUCAGGGCGCCGGCGCACACUCACCAUCCACUGCCUCGGCCCUGCUGACCGUGGCACCUACCGCUGCGAGAGCCUGCAUGACCGCACACAGGCCAGGCUCUGCGUGGAACCCCAGAAAGUGUCAAUCCAGACACCACUGGCAGAUGUGGAGACCUUUGAGAAGGAGACAGCCACAUUCCACCUGGAGCUGUCUCACCCUGACGUGCCCGGCAUCUGGACACGGGAUGGCAUCCGAGUGAAGCCCAGCAGCACAUGUCGGAUCAGUGCCAUGGGCUGUGGGCACAGCCUGACGCUGGAGAGGCUGGCACUGGAGGAUUCCGGCACCAUCACCUUCACUGCUGACACCCUGCGCUGCAGUGCCCGCCUCCUCGUGCGGGAGCCUCCAGUCACUAUGGUGAAGGUACCACGGGAUCUCGGUGUCCCGGAGACAGGAGUAGCCAUCUUUGAAUGCGAGCUGUCUCGCCCCAGUGUGGAGGUGAAGUGGUUCAAGGAUGGGCAGGAGCUGCGGCCAGGGCCCAACUGCCGCAUCUACUCAGCGGGUCGGCGCCGUGUCCUGCAGCUGAGCCGCUGUGAGAUGGCCGAUGCCGGUACCUACACCUGCGAUGCAGGCGACUGCCAGACCUCUGCCACACUCCAUGUCCAGGAACGCCAGGUCCACAUGGUGCAGGACCUGCAGGAUGCCCAAGUACAGGAGGGUGACAACGCUGUCUUCACCUGCGAGGCUUCUCAUGAGGAUGUGAAGGGCGACUGGUUCCGGGAUGGGGAGAAAAUCAAGGUCUCCAGCACAGUGAAGAUACGUCAAGAAGGGACACGGCAUUUCCUACUACUCUGCAGUGUGUGCCCUGAGGACGCGGGACUCAUCCGUUUUGUGGCCGGGACAGUCAGCUCGGAGGCCAGCCUGUCAGUGGAAGCGCUGCCCAUUCGGAUCGUGAAGCCACUGCGGGACAAGACAGUGCUGGCACGGCACAAAGCGAUACUGGAGUGCACUGUGUCCCACGCCCGGGGUCGGGUGCGCUGGUUCCGUGGGGACACAGAGAUCUUUGCUGGUGACAAGUAUGAGAUCUGCAACCUGGACUGUUACCGCACGCUCAUCAUCCACCGUGUGGGCCCUGAGGACGAGGACACCUACACCUGUGAUGCCUUUGAUGACCGUUCCACCGCCCGUCUCCUUGUGGAAGGGAGCUAGAAGCCAGAAUGAGGUGCUCAGGGCCUGCACACCGAUGGAUGGAUGCUGCUGCUGGGAGAUGGGACCAUGCUUUCCCCAGGAUGCACGGACACAUAGACACCAUCCCCAGCCUGUUCUGGCCUCAGGGCCCUGCAUUAAACAGCUUUUUUUUUUCUUUUCUGA